CUCCUCAUCCCACAAUCUGUUUCCAUUUUAACAUCUCCUUCUCCUUCUCCUUCUCCUGAAUGCUUGGCUUUGAUUCUCGCAUUUAAUCGACGACCGUUACCGAGUUGUCGCUCAUUGUUGCUUUUGUUCUUUUACGCCUAGGUGCCUACUUGCUCUUCGCUCGUUACGACCCCGGGUCUUUCUCUCAGUUUCUUCAUAUUUAACAUUAUCUCCAGUCACAAUGGUGCACGCCGUUCUUCCUCCCUCCCCGCCAUCCGCGAGGACCAUGUCCACCAUGCCGUCCUUCAACAACCACCCUAAUGGAGACCACCACAGCAUCCCUGUGUCCGCCACCUCUCACCCGGACAACCCCAUCCCAGAAGAACCCCGUGACCGGUCGCUAUCCAUUCCCACGAGCUUCAAUGCCUUGCCCACCCCGUCCCAGCAAGAAACAGACAUGACAGAUGCCAACACGCCGGUACCGUUGACCCCACCAUCGGAACCGCAAGAUGAGGUCCAAGAUGACAACGCGCAGUCGUUCAAUGGUGGUCGACGGGCAUCGACCGUCCUCCUUUCGCAGAACUCGGAUGAUAUGAAACGGGUAUUAGAGAAUGUGGGUCAUGCAGGCACCCAGAAGUUACAACCGCUUUGCUGCGGGGGUGGCUGUUGCCGUAGCCAGCCGUUGCAGAGAGUUCCUGUCCCUGGUCCUACUUCCACGACGAACAACGUCAUUCCCCCAGAUAACGAGGCAUUCCGGAGCCUCCAGUUGAACAUCGACUAUUUGACGUCAGACAGUAUGCUCACCGACGUUGCUGAUCUUCCGGAGAAGACGGUUUCUUUUUCGAGUGUGCCAGUGUCUGCUGUCGACAUGAAGCUGGGACCAUCCGACCACCCGCCUCCGUUUGUGCAACCGCAUCCUCCGUACGAAGUGUUCCGUGCACCCUUGCACCACGCCCGAGAGCUCACAAAGGCCGGCGCGGAAAAGCGGACGUAUCACUUUGAUAUUGAUAUCACCGACUAUCCCGCAGAGAGCGGCACAGUUGAUUUCGUCGUGGGUGGUGCUAUUGGGAUUUGCCCCAAGAACAAGGAUGAAGAAGUGGACGACAUCUUCAACUGUCUCGGAAUUCCCAAGUCCAUCCGGGACAAGAAGAUCACCCUGCACACGACCAAGGGCCGCUGGCCUACUAUCUGGGGAGAUGACCAGCCGCGUGAGUUGGUCACCAGCCGGAGAGAGGUCUUGAACUGGUGCUCCGACAUUCAGAGUUACCCUCCCACCAAGGCUCUGUUCCGGCUUUUGGGCGAGUAUGCCACCCACGAACAUGAAAAGAAGAUCCUCCUUUUCCUUGCCUCUUCGCAAGGCCAGGGUGCUUUCUGUGACCUCCGUACCACAUCGCAUGUUUCCGUCUCUCAGCUACUGCACGCGUUCCCAUCGUCUCAACCCCCUCUGGACCAUCUCCUUUCCUCCCUGAACACGCUGAUGCCACGUUUCUACUCGCUCUCCCAAGAUCCCUUGGCCUCCUAUAGCAUUAAGGACGGGGUUUCUCGUCGCCUGGUCGAAGUCGCCGUGUCGGUGGCCGAAUCCAAGGACUACAAGCGUGGCUACCGAACUGGUGUCGGCUCGGGUUAUCUGGAAGAGGUUGCUCGCAAGGUGGUCGAUGCCGAAAAGCAGGGUAUCGACCCUUCAACACUUAACGUGCACAUUCCUAUGUUCCGGGGAUUGAUGGCCAACCCAUUGGCCACGCGAUUUGCCUCGGAUGGACCCAUGCUUUUGAUUGGAGCUGGCGUGGGAGUUGCGCCUUUCCGUGGUUUCGUCCAGCGUCGUCUGCAAUCCGCCAACUGCGCUAACAAGGUCUGGGUGCUGCAAGGUGUCCGGGACUCCCUCCUUGACGAGCUGUACAGCGGCGAGUGGGGUGUGGAAGAAUCCAAGGUGCGAACGGUAGUGCAGAGCCGUCGGGGCGAGAGCAAGUACGUCCAGGAAGAGGUGCGACACCAGGCUGAUUUGGUCUGGUUCGUGGUCAACGCACUGGAUGGACGGGUGUUUGUCUGCGGUAGCGGAAAGGGUAUGGGUGAGGGUGUUGAGGCUGCCUUGAUCGAUGUGGCGAUGGCCAAGGGCAACCUGAACAGCGAAGAAGCCCAAUUGUUCUGGGAUAACAAGAAGGAAGCUGGACAGUACAUUGCUGAAACUUGGUAAUUUAUUGUACCUUUUUUCUUGUCAGUACCUUGAUGGUCUAUAAUCUCGCAGCGCGAGAUCAAAAUUUGGUUGUAUGUGUAUCUGUCUGGAUUGAUAUUCAUUGCAUGGUAUAUGGGAAAUCGAUACAUGGGAAUUGUUUGUCUAUUGCAAAAAUUUGGUCUAUUUAGCGUGUUAUCUAUCUUUUUGGUUAGUUGGAUUUGUGUGCAUAUAUAGUAUAGAUCAGGCUGGUAGCAAUACCAUGAUAAUUAUCAUCCUGCCUGUGCAACUGCUCUGUUAUGCUCC